UCGGGAGCCACGCGGGACCUUCUUUCCUGAACGCCUGCUCGCCAGCUUGACCGAUCACUCGUGACUAUCGACGCGAUUGAAAAUCGCGCGGCGAUUCGUCUGAGACGAAGGGUCAAAGAUUACGCGCGCGCGAAGCCGGAUCGCGCUUUUCCUCGCGCUCACACCGACAGGAGCGGCUGUUUAGUUUGUUUGCGAUUCACGCUACGUCUUCACCACGACGGUACUUUCGAGCGCUGAUGACCUUCGAAUAAAGGGGAGAAAUUCGGAAUCGUACGUUGCAAUUUCUCGGCUGUAAACAUGGAUGAUAACAAGAUGCCGUGCCCGAUAUGCGGCAAGGAGUUCGCUUUCUCCGUCAUCGAGUCCCACGCCAGCAAGUGCUUGUUCCUGAAUGAGUCCGCAGCGGAUGAAACUACAGCCUUGCUGAAGGAUUCGAGUCCCAUCGCUAAGAAAAGUAAAGUAUUGAGACCAACGAGCGCAAAAAAAAAUAAUCUGGUGGCUGUGAAGAGAAAGAGUUCCUUGGAGCAGUUUUCCACGCAGGAUGUCCAAAGAAACGAGGAGGAUAUCAGAGAUGUUCAAGAUGUUAUGUCACCGAAAAGUGUAACUACAUACAAUGGGAAUAAGAAAUUAAGCAAGAAUGAACAUAUACCUCUCGCAGAACAGAUGAGACCCACAUCGCUCUUGAAUUUUGUUGGUCAGGAACAUAUCCUUGGACCUCAUACAAUGCUCUCAGAACUCUUACAAAAGGGGGAGAUACCUAAUAUGAUUCUCUGGGGUCCACCUGGAUGUGGCAAGACAUCUUUAGCUAAUGUAAUUGCGCAUAGAUGCAAGAACGAUGCGAGUCAUAAGCUACGUUACGUCAAGCUCUCCGCGGCGAUGGCUGGUGUCCAAGAAGUGAAGGAAGUCAUAAGUGUUGCCGCUAAUCAUGUAAAGUACGCGCAGCGCACGAUAGUGUUCAUGGACGAGAUACACAGGUUCAACAAGAUGCAGCAGGACGUGUUCCUGCCGCACGUCGAGUCGGGAUCCAUCACUCUGAUCGGCGCUACGACGGAGAAUCCCUCGUUCAGCUUGAACUCUGCACUGUUGAGCCGAUGUAGGGUGACAGUUUUACACAAAUUAUCCAUCUCGAAUCUGGUGUCGAUCUUGAGGCGCGCGGUGACCUCGCUGAACGGUGUAACUUACUUGCCUGAGAAGGAUGAGACCAUGGGGAACAACGCCAGGAAAGAGAGCACGUCGAUGGAGGAAGGCAGAAUCUUAGGAGAACCAUCCUCUGACACGAAAUUCAUCGUAGACGGACCGACAUUAGAAUGGUUGGCCGGCACUUGCGACGGUGACGCUCGAAUAGCAUUGGGAGGACUGGAAAUGGCGGUGCGGUCUAAAGUACCGAACCAAGAAGACUCACCGAAGCCCGCAAUAAUAACAUUAGGUGACGUGAAAGAGAGUCUGAAGAAAACACACAUGUUGUACGACAAGAAGGGCGACCAACAUUACGACAUGAUCUCCGCAUUGCACAAGUCUGUCAGAGCCAGCGACGAAAAUGCUUCGCUAUACUGGUUAACCAGAAUGAUUUCCGGCGGUGAGGAUCCGGUCUAUAUCGCGCGCAGAUUAGUGAGGAUGGCUAGUGAGGACGUCGGCUUGGCCGACCCGAAAGCUCUCGGUAUCGCGGUACAUACCAUGCACGGUUGCAAAAUGAUCGGCAUGCCAGAAUGCGACGUACUUCUGGCGCAGUGCACAACGUACUUAGCGAGAGCACCAAAGUCUAGACUGAUGGAGGAUGCGCUUAGAGCUGCGCAGCGAGCGGUAGCUGAGCAUAAAGGUCCGCAACCAGGGGUACCCUUGCACUUGAGGAAUGCCCCCACGAAACUCAUGAAAGAUCUGGGAUACGGUAAGGGAUACAACAUGAGAUAUAAGGAAGAUUCCGGAUUAAAUUAUUUACCGGAAGGCCUGGAAGACUUGGAUUUCUUCGGAGACGAUGAUAAUUCAAUGUGAAAUGAUACCGCGAUUAAUGUCACACUUUGUUCGAUGUGAUGUUGCGUCAGUGCGCGAGAGG